AGUACUCCUACUGUCCUACAUCUCUAUCCUCUGUACAAUCCUCUCUUCUCCUUUCUUUGUUAACAAUGGCGUCGAUUCGGCGACGGUGUUUCUCUCUCCUCGCAAUCCUAACACUGAUUCAAGUCAGCUUAGGAACUUCAAAUCUUGCGGAAAAAGUGACACUAGAUUUAUACUAUGAGAGCUUGUGUCCUUUUAGUGCUAAUUUCAUCUCUAAUGAACUUCCUAACCUUUUCUUGAAUGGAUUAAUUGACAUUGUUGAUCUUCGUCUUUUUCCAUGGGGUAACGCCAGGCUUAAUUCCGGCAAUUUUGAUUGCCAGCAUGGUCCUGAUGAAUGCUUGCUUAAUACCGUUGAAGCUUGUGCCAUUGAUACUUGGCCUAAUCUGGAUGACCACUUCCCAUAUAUUAGUUGUGUUGAAACUCUGGUGUAUGAGGGCAACUACACCAAAUGGCCCAUUUGUUUCAAGGAGUUUGAUUUGGAUCCAAAUACUCUUACUGGUUGUUACAAGGGAGCACAUGGCAAAAAGCUUGAGCUAAAGUAUGCAAAUCUAACUGCCCAACUCAAUCCUCCUCAUACAUAUGUGCCCUGGGUACUUGUAGCUGGCAAACCCAUUUACCUGAAUUAUCCAAACUUUAUGAGUUACAUUUGCAAAGCUUACAAAGGACCAACACCUAGUGCUUGCAAGAAGGAAUCUCUUGCAAGUAUUCGGAGGAAGAAGACUAAUGCUCACUUUGUCAGCUAUACAGAACACACUGCAAAUUAAAGCUUUGAUUCUUACAGAAUAUUUGGUCCUUAAUAACAUCAAUGAAAGAUUAGAUGAUAUAUAUAAUAUAUGAUGGUAGUUGUAUGUAAAAGAUG